UUUUAUUCCAUUCACUUUUUUGUACCAUAAUCGAUUGAGUAUAGAGCAGCGAGUAACUUAACGAUAGAUUUCCUAAACGCAAAUUGCUUCGAUAAACAUAAUGCACCACAUAGUUACAAUUGGAUGCUACACCGGCGCCGUGAAUGCAACCCAGUUACAGUAAUGGCGAUAAGUACUUAAGAAUCCAAGCUCGUGAAAUUUUAGUGUACAAAUUUUCUAAACUUCACUUUUAUAUUAUGUAACGAGUAUAAACAAUUAAUACUUAAUUAACACUGAAUGAUAUAAGAAAAGUCAAUAUUAUUUAAAUUACAUUUUCUUAGUUUUACGAAGAGCGAUUUAAAGUUCCAAGAAGUAACUAUGGACGACUAGUUACGAUAUUGAAUAGGACGAGUCAAAGAGAGGGGAGGAAUGCGCGCGCGCAUUGAGCACGGACGUUAUUAUAGCCAUUUGCUCGUGAUUACCUCUAGCGGCCGAUCACGUAUGUGACAUGGCGUCCGGGUAGGAAGAAAGUUGGUUGUUAAAUAAGCGUUAAUGUUGUAUUUAUGACACUGACCGACCGAAAAGGGAACAUCCGAGGCCGCGAAUUUCCCACAGACACCGGCAUUGAUGGUAAUGCAUGCGAGGAAACCACAAAGGAUCAGCGAUGGGUACUUCGAAAAGCACCAGGCCCAUCCCUACCAGAACGCGAAGUACAGCAGUUCUAAGAGGGAAUAUUCUUCAUCGACGACGUCGUCGGAUAGUCGCUACGAAGCGCGUAUGCGUGAUUCCCCAAAUGGCAAUUCUUACAGUCCAGCAGGAGGCUUGGGAUUGGGCAUGGGAGCAGACAGAGAUAGCCCGAGGAGUUAUACCUCCAAGCCCCUGUAUAAGAAGGAGAGAGAAAAUAGAGACUAUAAAUUAUCCUCCUCUAGGGACAAGUAUUCCGAUUGUGCACGAUCACCAAAAGACAAGAGAAGCCAUGAGAGCAGGGAUUCAGAACACAGGACCAACCACGAUAGGAGUAGUGGAGAGAUUUUACAUCCCAUAAAAUUAUCAUCAAAUUCAUCACGAGAUUCUUCGUCUCAAAGAAAACCAGCUCACAAUUCUUGUCAGGAUAAACGUGGUGAUGAACGAGGUGCAAUGGAACGGACAGCCAGGUUUGGUGAUUGGUCAGAGCAUAUGAGUUCUUCAGGAAAGAAGUAUUAUUAUAAUUGCAAAACAGAAGUUUCUCAAUGGGAAAAACCACGUGAAUGGAUUAUUCGAACAGAUAAUCGUCAACGCCAAUCCAAUGAUUACUCCUCUAGGUCAAACUAUUAUUUUAUAGGUCAUGAUAAACAUUCCAACUCGCGAUCAAAUAGUAGCAGCGUGCGAGAUGGUAAAUCAUCGCGGCAAUCCGACAAGCGGGAAUAUUGGACUUCAUGUAGUGGAAGUAGCGGUAAUACUAGAGAAGAAGUUUCUACGCGUGAUAGGGAGAGAGAAAAGGAACGAGAGAGAGAACGGGAGAGAGAACGAGAAAGAGAAAGGGAGAGAGAAAGGGAAAGAGAGAGAGAACGAGAAAGGGAAAGGGAAAGAGAUUCUUGUAGGGAAGAAACAGGAGCAGAACGUCAAGCUCAAGAUAUGGAUAUUUCACCUGGUGAUUCUACACCUACUUCUGAACCUUUAACAUCCUGUGCUCACGAUCCACUGCCGCAAGGUCCUGUUCUACUGGCCACUGCAUUACCUCGAUUAACAUCACAUCCACCAUCGACACCACAACCGCCUGGAAAAUUAAGUUCACCAACCCAACAACAAGGGAAUAAUAAUGCCCCAGGACCACCAGUUUCAUUAGCAAGCUUACCAAGACUUCUUUCUCAAAUCACUGGCAGUAAAGAGCAACCUGACAUUACACCACAGAAAGCGUUACAGACAAUUCAAACAGCUAUUUUGCUAUCUAGACAACAAUCAGCAAGUGGAGACCGAAAUAAUAGUGGCAAUGAUGUAAUGGUCCCAUUAAAAGUUGAUACUAGUGGCAAUACUACCAGUGAGGGACCACCUACUCCAACCCAUUCAGAAACUCAGGAUUGUAUCGAUGCUCGGAAAUUAACCAGUCCUGGAGGAACGAAUUCUGGGGUGCAAGGUCUAAGUUCAUUGCAAAGUCUUAGUACAUUAGGUUCUCUUGGAAAUUUGAGUAAUACUGGAGGUUUACAAGCAUUGUCUAGAGUACAACCUCCUUUAACACCUUCCCUAACACCGUCGCUCGCUAAUCAUUAUCGAGAAGAUUUAACACAACAUGUGCGUGCCUUUCCAGCCGAUAUCCUUGAAAAACAGGCACAAAAACUUAGCGAAGAAGCACAUACAAUGGGCAGUUUACAGUGCACAAGAGUAUCGGCAGAAUUGAAAACAGCACGAUCGAUAGUGAGGCUGACAGAAAUUCAGGCAACAUUACAGGAACAAAGGAUAUUAUUCCUCCGUCAACAAAUUCAAACAUUGGAGGAACUAAAAUCCCAAAAUUCCUUCAUGUCUGAUGAUUCUUAGUGUAAGAAACUUUAUAAAAUAAUUAUAAUUACAACCUAUAAUUAAUUCAUGAAAAAAAUAAAACAUAAUUAUUAAUAUUCUCAUUAAUAUUGAAUAAUUAAGAUUGUACCUAAAUUAUAAUAUCGUGAUAGAAGUGAUAUAAUAGCAAAUGAAUAUGGGCUGCCUAGAGAGGUCAAGCUGUUUCGAUAUCAGCUGACGAGUCUUAUUAAUUAAUUAGUGAAUCCACCUCUCUAGGAAGCACAAGAGGCCUAUCCAACUCACAGAUGCAACACUGAGUAAAUAGAAAGUGAAUAAACUCUAUCGGUUUAAUGCAAACCACUAAAUUGUAUAUCUGAAUUGUCCACAGCAUCUUGUAUUACCUGUGUUAUAAUACGUGUCAAUGUUUCUCAUAUCCCACGAUUAUGCGACAUUUUAACUAGUUGAAAAUUUUUGUUGUAAAUCUCGGAAUAAAAUUCGUGCCACAAG